AGCGGCCCCUGUCAUUGUUGUCGUCCUGUAUUUGGGCUGUCAGUGUUGGUGGUUUCGCUGCGUCUGGCCGUGCGCGGCUUGGUCCGAGGAGCCGGAGAGGGAAACUCGAGCUUAAACCCGGGCAGCGAGAUGGACAUUCUGAAAUCGGAGAUCCUCCGGAAGCGGCAGCUGGUGGAGGACAGGAACCUGUUGGUGGAAAAUAAAAAGUAUUUCAAGCGUAGUGAUCUUGCAAAAAAGGAAGAGGAAGCAUAUUACGAAAGAUGUGGCUACAAGCCUAUAAAUGAGAAGCCAUCUGGAGAGAUACAGCCAAAAGAAGAGGACGAGCAACCAUUAACUUCAUCAAAUCCAGUAUUAGAACUUGAACUGGCGGAGGAAAAAUUACCCAUGACCCUUUCUAGGCAAGAGGUUAUCAGAAGAUUGAGAGAAAGAGGGGAACCAAUCAGACUAUUUGGAGAAACUGAUUAUGAUGCUUUUCAACGUUUAAGAAAAAUAGAGAUCCUCACACCAGAAGUUAACAAGGGAUUGAGGAAUGAUCUGAAAGCAGCUUUGGAUAAGAUCGAUCAGCAAUACCUCAAUGAACUUGUGGGUGGUCAAGAACCUGGAGAGGAGGACACACAGAAUGAUUUGAAAGUUCAUGAAGAAAACACCACAAUUGAAGAGUUAGAGGCAUUGGGAGAAUCUUUAGGAAAAGGUGAUGAUCAUAAAGACAUGGACAUCAUUACCAAGUUCCUGAAGUUCCUUCUUGGUGUUUGGGCUAAAGAAUUGAAUGCCAGAGAAGAUUAUGUGAAGCGCAGUGUGCAGGGUAAACUGAACAGUGCUACUCAGAAACAGACCGAGUCCUAUCUCAGACCCCUUUUCAGGAAGCUGCGGAAGAGGAAUCUUCCUGCUGAUAUUAAAGAAUCCAUAACAGAUAUUAUUAAAUUCAUGUUGCAGAGAGAAUAUGUGAAGGCUAAUGAUGCUUAUCUUCAGAUGGCCAUUGGAAAUGCCCCUUGGCCCAUCGGGGUGACUAUGGUUGGUAUCCACGCCAGAACUGGUAGGGAAAAAAUUUUCUCCAAGCAUGUUGCACAUGUUUUAAAUGAUGAAACACAGCGGAAAUAUAUUCAGGGAUUGAAGAGGUUAAUGACCAUUUGCCAGAAGCACUUUCCUACAGAUCCAUCGAAGUGUGUGGAGUACAAUGCACUAUGAGACCUGCCAAUGGUGUGUGUAAAUACCAAGAAGAAACUUCCGGGAGCAUGGUGUGGACCUUGGAAUUGCAAACAGGAGGAGAGAAGAAACGUGGCGUUUCUGGACUCUGAGUUCUACCUAAUGCAACUCCUGGUUUUAAGAACAGUGCUGGCUCUCAUAUCACAUUGGCCCGCAAACUGGCUUCUGUGUCUUGCUUUUAUUUUAAAUAGUCAAACAAUUAAGUUUGAAAGGAAUUUUCCCUGUGAUUUAAAUGUAUAGGCAACAGGCACAGAAGGGGAUUUAAAAUGACUCUUUCCCUCUAGACCUGAAAGUCGCAGUUAGAUGCUUUAAAAGGAACAUUUGAGGAGAGACUUAAUUGUUUCUGUAAAAUAUGGUGAUUUUCACUUGUCUUUUAUGUCAUAUUUUUAGAAGAUAUUUUUAUAUAUUUCAACAAAAAUAUGGAAGCAGUUAAUGAAACUUUAUAGUCCUUCAGUGUUGCUGAACUUCUGCCAUCUUGCAAUAGAAUUUGAAUGUAAAUGUUAUUACUCUUAACUCAAGUGUUCUUUUUCUUGUGUUUCAAAGCUUGCUUUUAUCUUCUAUGGAGUAUAAAUUUUUGUAUUUGUCAUCUCUUGGGACAGAUAGAAUUAACAGGAAAUAGAAGUUGGAAAAACAAAGGUGGUAUAUUAUACAAACAAAAGUUUAAAUUCAGUCACCCCAGUGCAUCAAGGUCAAGGUGGGGAAAUGGAUUGUCAAGCCAGCCACGAAUGGGGACAUUUUCAUGCUGCUGGGGCUUCCUAGGCAAGGCCUGCCUGCACGUGUCAUCCUCGUGAGACUGUGGGCCGCCUUCUCACGUCCGUCCCGCCGCGCUGCAGAGAAAGGUGCCUGAGACAGGAGGGCCCGCGGCCCAUUUUCCACAGAUGAGGACUUCUGAAUCUGGCAGUGUCCUACCCAGAUCAGCGUGGUGAAUCACUGCGCUUUGAAGGUUGAGAAGACUCAGGUAGUAGAGGAAGGUGGUAAAUAGAAUGUCACCUGACCAGGUGGAGUGGUGAUGUUAGAGUGGUCAGAAUGGGGCUCCGACGGGAGAACUUCUUAGCCGCCGAUUUCAGCUCUCCACCUACUGACUGUAUCACUGUGAGUCUCCUAAUGUUUCUGAGCCUCAGUUUCCUUAUCUGCAAAUGGUUGUUAACAAUAGUAGUACGUACCUCAUAGCAUCAUUGUGUUUAAGUAAAACAAAUGCUUAGCACACUGCCUGGCAAAUAAAAGGAGCUCAGUAAAUAUC